UUGCUGAAGAAGACAAGAAAGCUAUUUCUCCGAUGCGGCCGUUUUUAAGUUAAUUACUGUUUUUAAGUAAUUACAGUCUUCAUUAAUAUUCAGAUUAGGAGAUCGCAUGUGAAAAUGGCCUCAAAUCCGCCUGGACAAGGACUUCAAAACAAAAACAGGGUUGCUAUUCUAGCUGAGUUGGAUAAGGAAAAGAGACGCCUCAUUCAGAGUCAGUCUAUGAAUAACCCAGGCGCUAGCAUUCCACUUUCCAGACCAGCAGUAAAUAAAGAGUUCAGGGAUCAGGCAGAACAGCAGCAUAUUGCAGCACAGCAGAAAGCUGCUUUACAGCAUGCACAUGCACACUCAUCGGGCUUCUUCAUUACUCAGGAUUCCUCCUUUGGUAACCUUAUACUGCCUGUGUUACCAAGACUUGACCCGGAGUAAACACUGUAAGGGGUUGUAUCACCGUUUACUCGAGUCUUUGUGUGGUAGACCACCUUUUUCAUGUAUGCAAGUCUAGCAGGGUUUUUUUGUUUGUUUGUUUUUUUAGAUUGUUGCCAGUCAGUUACUAUUUCAUGAUUGUACAUAAAAUGGAGAUAACUUUACCAUUAUUGUGAUGUUCUUUUCUUAAUACAUGUGCUAUGUAAAUAUGAUUCAACAGUUAUUUUUACUCCGUUUACUGAAGACAAAGUAAUCAUGCACUAGGACUGCACCAUUUAGACAAAAAAUUGUGAUUAUUUUGAAAUUUUUUACGAUUUGAACUGUGAUAUUAUAAACAAACAACAACAACAAAAAAAAACCUAGUAAGUUGAUUCCUUUUGACCAAAAUUAAGUAAUGUUUUGCCUAUGGUCUACUGCCAAUAGAAAGUUGCAAAUAGAAAGAUUACUCUGUAGGAUUUUACUCAUGAGUCCUCUUCAACUCUGACCUCUUUUACUUCAGCCAAAAUCAAACAUUAAAUAAAACAGUGAAAAACAGAGAAGGAGAAAAAAACACCAUUAUUUUAUGUCAUUAUAUUAAAC